CAUUCAGAAUUCCAACCUGGAAUCCCAAAGCAGCCCAGCCACACGAACUCUUAAUUAAAAUCGGCACAAAUUAGAAUCCAAAUUCCAAUCGUUUUCUCCAUUGUCAGUAAUUCGCAAAUUAAAGAGGGCCUUUUGUUUUGGGAAUAAAAAUCUGGAUGAAAUUUGAGGUGCAGGGGAGGAUAAGCCGAAAAAUAAUCAAAAUGACCCCUUUAUAUUAAUAAGAUGUCAAGAGAAAUCUUGUUUAUUGGAAUCUAAUCGGAUUUCUCAAAACUGGGUUUCUCUUGUUGUAGAGAGAGAAAGUGAGAUUGAAAAAAUGGUGGAGCUGUGUUUGAUGGCGUCACAUGGCUACCCUCCUGGAUUAGGUGGUUUCCAUCCAGAACUUGUUUCUAACAGGGUUUCUGAGGAUUUUCAACCUUUCGUCCCUUAUCACGGGUUGAAUCAGCAUCAAGUCAAUCCCGUCUCGUUUAAUUUAAAUCUGCAGCAAAAUCAAUCAUUCAACUCCAAUAACUUUGUCGGAAUCGACUCGAUCUCCAAAAGGCCUCCACUCAUUGAUUUUCAAGAAACACAUCCAGAUUCGAUUCAUUUUAGCUAUGGGAUCGUUGAUCGAUGCACGAGGCACGAGCAGAUAUUGAAGUUACUUGCAUCUAAAUCGGUCGAAGAAAUUGGGGGUUUAGUGGAUUUGUCAAUGCUGUAUGAUAUAAUGGGACCUCAAUUUGAUGAUCAGGCUCUGCCUUAUCUUAUAUAUCCAAAUAAGGAACUCUAUUUCAACGAGCCUUUAUUGGACUUAGUGGGGGAAGCAUAUUAUUCUGGUGAUGGACAAGUCCCGUAUAAUUAUACUGGCACUGAGACGAACGAUAUGCUUUCGGUUAUUUCCGACUUUUACUCAUCCAAGAACACGAAUAAAUCCAGUAAGCAGACAAUGCUGGUCCCUUACUUUGAGAGGAGAAGAAGGGCACGUGCUAAUACCGAGGCAUCAAAGCUUGCAAACGCGAAAGUUACGUCUCUGAAUAGCCAUGAUAAAGUGAAGGAAAAGACACCACACAAGAAGAAGACAAGUACUAGAAUAGGUAAAGACAGAGAUACCUAUGGCAACAGCUACCUGCAUGCAUGCGAAAGUCUUCUAUCCAUAAUCGUCGACAGGAACCAGCAGGAGGGUAAAAAGACGAUUAUGUCCCUGAAGAAAUCCGGUCCACAGCUGCCUCAGCUUCUGACCCAAUUCUCAGCCAGCAUAGCUGGCACUGGCAUUGCCGUAAUUUUAUCCAUUUUAUGCAGAGUGGUUUGCAGCAGAGUGCCCUUUUGUGGGUCCAAGCUAUUGACCACCGGUUUGGGUUUAGGGCUCGUCUGGCUUUCUUGGGCGGUUAAUAGACUGAGAGAUACACUUAUCUCUAUUACGAAAACUUCUAGAAAGUUGGGUGAAAAGGAAGACGAAAUGAUGGUUCAUUUGGAUAGGAAUUUGAAGGAUAUUUACUUUAGAGCUGCGGCUUUGAUGGCUGUGGUGGUGCUGAAGGUCGCGUGAUUGAUGUUCUUCGUUUGCUUGAAACGAGUACAUAAUAUAUUCUUGAUUGUAUAUUUAGUGAGAAAUGGUUUUGACUGUUAAGUUGUGCUUAUGGAUUUGUUCAUUGAGAGUGCAAUUUGUUACUUGCUCAUUUUUGGGUUCAGUUUUGUUGUCAUUCAGACUAGAUUUUGUGAAAAUAAUAUAGUUUC